CUAUGGUUUUCCCAACCGUCGUCGUCUUCUCGAAAUCUUGUGCUGCUAUCGGCCUUACCAGUUCAAUGUCACCCGAAGUUCUCGCAGAGAGACUUAUUAUUGCAAUGUCGCUCUCACGCAUACGUCUCUCGAUCAGCUUCUUUGAACUAUUCAUGAGCAACGUUUCUGACUACCUAUCUGGGACUCGAAACGUUGCGACAGCGCUCACGAACGGAAGGAUAGCGGGAAGAACGACUGGAAAUUCUCCGCAACAGUUUUGGCCGACUUUGCUACUUGGGAUUUCCGGUCAUUGUGGGCAAAGUUGUACAUCUAGCGUCAUUUCUCCCUCUUUGCCAAGUCUUCCUCCUUCAUCGGCCGAUGCUGAAUGUCUCUCAAACGCAGAGGAGCACUCCGUUUCCAAGCCAUCAAGCGUCCCGCUGUUACGCGAUCCUGGUGCAUAUGAGGGCCAAGGUCAGCUGUCUUUGUUCGGCCUAUUUUCGUUUGCAACGACAGCGAAUCCUGCUAAGUUAAAACUAUGUGGGCGCCGCUUGAGCGGAGCUUAUCCUCGCGACGCUUUCCGUCUUCUCCAUCCGUUUGUAGGCCGCAUGCAGUUCUCACAUGCACAGAUUAAAAAUGGAUACAUAUACAUUUCGUAUGGAAUCAGAAUAGAUCGAUGAGGGAGUAACCACGGACAGCCACAUUUCAUCCCAG